AUGUGUGGAAAACCCUUGCUAAAAGAAUGUAGCAACAUUUCUGGAGGCCUGCCACUUCCAUCUUCAACUUUUUCAGAAGAGUAUGGAUUGGAUUGGAAAGUAGUGGUGUUAGAUUAUGGAUGUGGAUUCUUAUUUGGAGCGUGCUUUGAAGCAAUGUCCAACGCUACUGCCGAAGAAGACGAUAUACGAGUCGACAUUCCAAUGUCCGAUGACCAACUCAAACGAAACAUGCGUCCAAUAUUGCAUAAACCAUAUGGUUCCAUGGAUCUUGUUUCCGUCAAGGCCCCAGCCAACCACGGUUCCCACUCCAAGGAUUCGAACUGGUGGGUGGUGUUGAAUCUGGCAUUUCAGAGCAUAGGCAUCGUUUAUGGGGAUCUUGGAACAUCACCACUCUACGUUUACCCCAGCAUCUUCAGUAAUGGCAUAAAGCAUAGAGAUGAUAUAUUGGGGGCUCUUUCUUUGGUCUUUUAUACCCUUACCUUUCUUCCUCUGGUUAAGUAUGUUUUCGUUGUCUUACGAGCCAACGAUAAUGGUGAAGGAGGAACGUUUGCACUCUACUCAUUGAUAUGUCGCUAUGCAAGAGUGAGUUUGAUCCCUAGUCAACAAGCUGAAGACCGUGAAGUAUCCAAUUACAAACUGGAAUUGCCAAGCAAGCGAUUGAAACUAGCUUCGGUACUAAAGUCUAGCUUACAGAAGAGCCAAUUCGCCAAAAUUUUCUUAUUGCUUGUCACCAUGCUUGGUACUUCUAUGGUCAUUGGCGACAGUAUCUUCACUCCUUCCAUCUCUGUUUUAUCUGCCGUGGCUGGUGUCAAGGAAGUAACAUCUGCCCUCACAGACGAUAUGAUUGCUGGGAUAUCAGUAGUAAUAUUGAUCUUCCUCUUCAUGAUUCAAAGAUUUGGAACUCACAGAGUGAGUUACACCUUUGCUCCCGUUCUUUGUGUUUGGUUUGUACUCAUUGGUGGAAUCGGUUUCUACAACAUCAUAAAACACGAUAAAACAGUUCUUAAAGCCAUCAAUCCAAUGUACAUUGUUGAGUACUUCAUCAGGAACAAAAAAGAUGCAUGGAUUUCUCUUGGUGGAGUUGUUCUUUGCACAACAGGAGCCGAAGCACUAUUUGCUGAUCUUGGUCAUUUCUCGGUUCGAGCCAUUCAAGUCAGCAUGUGCUCCAUGGUCUACCCUGCUUUAAUAUUUGCAUAUACUGGACAAUCUUCUUAUCUUCGCCAGUAUCCAGAUGAGGUUUCUGAUGCAUUUUAUAAAUCAGUUCCAGGUCCAUUGUAUUGGCCAAUGUUUGUAGUGUCCAUAUUGGCUGCAGCUAUAGCAAGUCAAGCAAUGAUCUCAGGGACAUUCUCAAUAGUCCAUCAAUCACUCUCUCUAGGGUGUUUCCCUCCUGUCAAAGUUGUCUAUACAUCCGCAAAUCAUGAAGGACAAGUUUACAUACCAGCAAUCAAUUACAUUUUGAUGUUGGCUUGUAUCGGUGUCACUGCGGGUUUCAAGUCCACAGUAAAGAUUGGCAAUGCAUAUGGAACUGCUGUAGUGUUUGUAAUGACUCUUACAUCAUCCUUGCUGGUUCUGGUCAUGAUCAUGAUAUGGAAAACUAACAUAUUUUUAAUAAUCUUAUACAUUCUUACCAUUGGAUUUGUGGAACUACUCUAUCUGAGUUCAGUUCUCUAUAAAUUUACCUCCGGAGGGUACUUGCCGCUGGUAUUUUCAGCAGUUUUAAUGAUUAUAAUGUAUGUUUGGAAUGAUGUGUAUCGAAGAAAGUACCAUUACGAGCUUGACCAUAAGAUUUCCCCUGGAAGAUUAAAGGAGAUAUCUGCCAACAAAAACAUGUCUAGAAUUCCAGGACUUGCCAUGUUCUAUUCAGAGCUGGUUCAUGGUAUCCCACCCAUAUUCGAGCAUUAUGUCUCAAAUGUACCAGCAUUGCAUUCCAUCAUUGUCUUUGUUUCCAUGAAAUCACUACACAUUAACGAAGUUCCACCGGAAGAAAGAUACUUUUUCCGAAGAGUCGAACCAAGAGAGCUUUUUGCCUUUCGAUGUGUUGUUCGAUACGGAUACAAAGAUGUGCGGGAAGUGGCCUUUGAGGAAACAUUAGUGACAAGACUGAAAGAGUUCAUCCAAGAAGAAAUACUGCUGCAAAAUCAAAUGCUAUCUACCAUUGGAAACAAUGCUGAAAAGGGCACAGAACCGGAAGGGGAAAUCGUUGAAAGGAACAAUGAUGUUGCGAAUGCGAAGCAAGUGGAAGAAGAGAUCAUGCAACAAGAAAUAGAACAACUGCAGAAAGAGUGGGAAGAGGCAGGUAUAGUUCACAUGAUUGGUGAAAGUGAGGUGAUUGCAAAGAAAGAAGCCAAUAUAAUGAAGAGGAUAGUGAUUAAUCAUGUAUAUAAUUUGUUGAAGAGAAAUGUAAGGCAAAGAGAGAAGGUGUUUGAUAUUCCUCACAAGCGGAUGCUUAAAGUUGGCAUGACUUAUCAGCUUUAA